AGGCUUCACUUAGAUAAACUAGUGAGUGGCGGAGGUUAAAAAAGAAAGUGGAAGGAGACCCGAGCUUACCGUGUGCUCCCGGCUGCGCUCCGGUGGUCCUCUGGUUUACCGGAGCUGAAACGAUCCAACGUGGGAAAGGAUGCCGAGGUUCAUCUGCGUUCAACGUGAGGGAGAGUGUGUGUUACAAGCCAUUUCAUCCAAGAGGGGCGAGAGGCUGCCAGACAAUUUCAUAGGAUUUGACUCAGCCCCUGACAAAGUGGUAGAUGGCUCGGUUGUCCGUGUGCGGUAUCGAUGCCCCAGGCCAUGUCAGAUUGCAGUGGAGGUGGUGGUGUCCACAUUACGCAAGACAGAUUUAGUGGUGUUCAGGAGGAAAUGGAUCAGCAGCACACCCCGAGUCUACAGGAUCCACCAGGUGCUGCUCAGAUUGCCUCCAUCCAUUUUAUAUCAACACAACUUUUUCAACAGAAAUGUUUUGGAGGCUGAAAAUGUGACAGUUCGUGCUUGGCUAGACCAUCUUAAAGAUGGCAGUGAACCCGGGACAUACCAUGACUCCACUGUGAGAAUUUAUAAAGUGCUGCAGAUAACACCACUCCCAGUGCGUCCAACUAAGCCUCCCACUGAGUGCCCCUUAUGGUCUGCUCAACUGAUAUGGCAGAUGACCAGAAACAAAAUCAGUCAGUGUCCACAUGAGUCAGACGUAAUCGAUGUGCUAAAGUUCCCCCUGGCAAAUACUGGUGAACACUUUGGAGUGGUCCGCAGGUUCCAGCCUUUCAUCAACAGAGCACUGGAGAGAGUCCGUCUUCAUGCUGUGACACAGCCCAGCGUCACCUUAUCUGUGUGGAUCUACUUACUGAAAUGGUGUCACAAGAAGCUCUGUGGGAUCAUCCAUCAUGUCGAUAGGAAAAAUUUAUACGACUCUGUUCUGAUUCAGCUUACAGACACAGGGGACCUCAUAAUUCAGGCACGUGUGACAACGGGAGAAGAUGAAGCUUUCCGAGCCCGUGUAGCGUUGCCCCUGUGGAAAUGGAUUAGAUUAGACUGUUACAUACAGGACUCAAAGGUGCUGCUGUAUGCAACAUGGGAUGAUGAAACCCGCAGAUAUGUAUACGAAUUUCAGGACAGUAUCUAUUACAAUGACACUGAUGGAUACUUUGUGAUUGGAGGAAGCAAAUACAUGCCAGGCAUCCAUGGGUAUUUUGGGCCUAUCAAAUACUAUCGUUUUGGAACUGAAAAGAUAAAUAAUCCACUUCACCCCGAGACAACAUUACAGGAACUGGAUAAGACUCACCGCGAGUGUCAGGAAAUAAAAGCAUUUACAAAAGCUUUUCUGAAAGAAGUAACUGAGAGUCACCUCCUGUCAACAAUCACCACAGGUGUCUGUACCCCUCACUUCAUAAGACUGUGGGGUCAGGUUGGUGAAAAAAUCUGCACACAAACAUGGACCUGGGAAACACCAAUUAAAUACAGCACGCUUUUCCAUCUUCUGCAAACAAAAGAGGAGGAACUCAGAGAAGGGUCUCUGGGCAUGAAGGAGCUCCGGACUAUUUUGUUCAAGGAGGCAGUUGGUACAAUGUUCCCUGUAGAUCAGGCACAAAUUAAAAUCACAUACAAAUCAACGUCUCUACUACAUGUAUCCUCCUGCUUUGGUAAUCACAAAGCAUCACUCUUGUUGGCCUCAUUCCACCUCGCUGGCCUUGGACACUCUUGUAAUCAACAACAGGGUCAUGCCUAUAGUUUGAUUGGUGCAUCAGGUGAUAACCGUUUCGCCCUGAUGCAUGCAGCGUACAAACACACACAAGGAAUUGAUGGCUUUCCUAAAGACUUGGACAUGGCUUAUAGCUACUAUUCAAAUGCUGGGGCACAGAGCAGCAUCGACAGUUACAACAUACAUGAAAAUAAGCAAUACACACCUGAAAAUAUCUAUCUAAGCAACCAAGAGGAUUUAAACAGCCUGACACAUGAGACGAGUGACGUCUUUCAGUAUCUGAAACUCAAAGCAGAGAGAGGAGACAUAGAAUCUCAGAGACGCCUGGGAACAAUGCUUUACUGGGGGCAAAAUGGAGUCUCAAAAGACAUAGUGAGUGCAGUGAAGUGGAUUGAGAGAAGUGCUAUGCAAAUGAAGGAUCCCUCAGCGAUGUAUGACUACUCCAUCCUACUGAUGAAGGGCCGGGGAGUGAAAAGAAACUACACCCGAGGUUUUCAGCUGCUGAAGAAAGCUGCAGCGAUGGGCUCAAUUAAUGCCUUGAAUGGUUUGGGCUGGUACCAUGGGAUUAUACUGAAUGACCACAAAAAUGCAGUGAAAUACUUUGAACAAGCUGCACUAAAUGGGAGUGGUGAUGGCAUGUUUAACCUGGGAAUUUAUCAUCUCAGUGGGAAAAACCUGCACAACCAACAGAGGAAUGAGAUGGCUGCAUUCCAGCAGUUUUUGAAUGCGUCUCGCUUUGGUCAUGUCGCUGCAUCAGUGGAGGCAGCUUGGUACCUUUCGACAGGAAGCCUGGAAGGGGUAUCUCAGGAUGUGGAGAGGGCUGUGAUAAUGCUAAAAAAGGUCUGUGAACAGAAUGGACACCUUGGAUUUAUGAUCAGAGAGGCUCUCCAAGCCUACCUCCAGGGCUCUUGGCAGGAAGCAUUUGUGAAGUACGUUUUGGCUGCUGAAACUGGUCUGGGUUUGGCCCAGAGCAAUGCUGCGUACCUGUGUGAGGAACGGAAUCCCAGUUAUGACUGUCAGUGGAGAUAUCAUAACUACUCUAUAUUAAACUAUGAUCCCCAUCCGUCAGCUCUGCUGAAAAUGGGAGACUACUACUACUAUUCCUCCAGUGCGGGAGAUGCCUCAUUAUCCUUGGUUGGUCAGGCCGUAUCGAUGUAUAGCAGAGCAGCUCUAGCGGGCAGCCCUCAGGGAAUGUACAACUUGGUCGUUUUGGCACAACAAGGACACGUUCCUCCACUGAGCAUCCGCGGCUGGUUUAAUGUGUCACAUCGUGAUGAAGAGGACACUGUGGUGGAGAAGAUGUUAAAAAGAUGUGUGGAGACUGAGUAUGAAGAAGCAGUAACGCCCUGUUCUUUAGCUCUGCUUGGAGUCCAGAUGGGAAAAGCCUUGAGGAGAAUGACUCAGAACGGUGCACAGCUCCUCUUGGUAUAUGCAUCCCUUCUUUCUGUUUGUGUCCUUAUUGUAAUUUUGCUAUUUCAGAGCUGUCUUGAACAAAGGGUUUCCAGUCGCCGUACAGUUCAACUGAGGGCAGGGACACCAUCUGUCAGCCAAGAUGGUGUCAACUUAAAUAGAGAGCAAGAUGGCAUCAUUGGAAGAACCUACAGAGUAGCAGGGAAUCAAUGGCUUACCAUGCUGAAUGGCAAGGAGGGGCUCCGGCAGACCAGCGAUUUGGCUGUGACACUGUCGGGUGUGUGCCUGUGUGCUUUCUGGACCACAUUCCUCUAUCAUCUCCUAUGACAUACAGUAGCCAGCACAGUGAUCCAAUAGCCACAGCAAAAGCCCCAGACACUACAUAUUAUAAGAGCAUACAUUUAGCGGAUGAGUUAAAGGAGUAUUCAUGUGACACAUUAGCAUUUCAGAGGCAUGACUCAUUUUAAGACAGGAAGGAGAGAGGUUCUGAUCAGAAUGUGGUUGUGCUACUUCAUCAGAGUGUUGAUAAUAUUUCCUCAGUAACAGUUUUUCCAUUGUUUUGAUUCUGGAAAAUACUCAUCAUGUGGUUCAUUCAAUUAAUGCUGAAUCUGAACUAAAGGGAGGAUGGGGAUGUGGUGUCA